GGGGCGCGUGUUCUGCAAAUACUCGAUUCAUCCCGAAGCUUUGUUGUUUUUUUACUCAUAGGUAACUUUGAUUGAAUGGGUUACUGAUUGUUACACAUUGUCUGGUUUUGUUAACAAAAGUAAUAAACAAAAUAGGAGAACUUUCCGAGUUCUAAGGUAACUGUAUUUGGUCACGUGCAGAGCACGCAAGGCAAGGAAAAGCAGCGAUGAAAAUCAUGAAGCGACCAAAUAUUCUACUGACAGGCACCCCUGGCGUAGGGAAGACCACCCUGGGAAAAGAGCUUGCCCAGAGGACAGGACUAACCUAUGUCAAUGUAGGCGACCUGGCACAAGAAGGGCAGCUGUUUGAUGGCUUUGAUGAAGAGUACCAGUGCCCAGUUCUAGAUGAGGACCGGGUGGUGGAUGAGCUGGAGGAUAAGAUGGGGGACGGAGGGGUGAUAGUGGACUACCACGGCUGUGACUUUUUCCCAGAGCGCUGGUUCCAGAUUGUCUUCGUGCUCCGCACAGACAACACCAACCUCUAUAGCCGGCUGGAGGGCAGGGGCUACACAGGGAAGAAGCUGCAGGACAAUGUCCAGUGUGAGAUCUUCCAGACCAUCUAUGAGGAGGCCAUGGAGGCCUAUAAGGAGGAGAUUGUCCACCAGUUGCCCAGCAACGAGCCUGAGGACCUGGAGCGUAACCUGGAGCAGAUAGUCCAGUGGAUAGAGCAGUGGGUGAAGGACAACAACUAGCACGGACACAAACCCUAGAAACCAAAACAGUGCAUGGCUGGAAUAUUCUUCAUACCAGAAAAACAUACCAUGGGACUCUUCAUGUUUGUUGAAAAAAAUCUAAACACCUUUAACUUAUAUCAAUCACACACAUACUAGGCUUUGCUAGGAUAGUACUGAGGCUUGAAAUCCUGGUCCUGGUUUUGGUUCGAGCACAACGUGUAUCACACCUGAUUGUUGAAUUGAUCAACCAAUCAUUGAGUUGUUGAAAUGGGUGUGAUAGUCUUGGACUGGAACAAAAAAAAAUAUGCCCCAGGUCCGAAAAAAAAAUACGAAAACCAUCUAGCAUAGUCGACAACAUUGAUGACAUAAUAUUGGUAAACAGUACACUCUUAUCGUAGACAUGUUUACAGUCUAAGACAUGGACAACCACACUCACACACACAGGUAAAGAGCAGGGCAUGGUUACCUCACUGAGCAGAGGCCCAGCGUAAUGAUAAUAAAUGGGUGUAUCUCAAAUGGCAGCCUGUUCACUAUAUAGUGCACUAGUUUUGACCAGGGCCUAGGACACUGGUCAAAGGUAGUGCACUAUAUAUGGUAGAGGGUGUCAUUUGGGACGCACACAUUGGCUGUGUUUAUUCCGUUGGACUGUAUGGUUAACCACACCUUCAUUUGCGAUGAAAGCAAGGGGCAGUAAGCAUGUUUAGAUACUGACGGCGUUGCAAGAGCUGUUCAUGUACAAGCUAGAAGUCAUGAAAAGCCAUGUCGUCACAAGAUUUGGGCAGUAUUUAAGUCCAAAUGCAUGCAAUCGCUAUAUCUCUACUCUAAGGGAAAUGUUUUGUCAUUUUAGAUUCUAAGGAUGUGCAAAAUUGAAUGUGUAUUAAUUAGAUGCAUGCUGCAUUUGCUUGUGGCAUAGAUUGAUUUAAAAUUGAUUACAAUUUAUUUUUGGCACAUUCAGCUUAUUUUGCAUUUAUUGCAUUCCAAUAGUUUAUCUACAUAAAUAAA